UCAUUCUAGAGUUACACACCCUAACAAUCGCUUAUUCAUAAGUUUUUCUGUUUAUUUAGAUUUUAGUUCAGUUUAAAUCACAAAGUGCUCUUAUUCAUUCCUACAUUCAUUCUCUUAAGCUGAUCAUUCUUAUUGGAUAAUUCUUAUAGUUUUUAAAAGAUGAAUCCAUAUAAAUCUGAACGAGCUUUAGCAUAUCUUUAUGUUAUUGGAUGUUUGUCAUCACUACUUACAGUCAUUUGUACAUCCAUAUUGUGGCUCCAUUGGAGAGUAGUGCUCAACACUUGUGCUGGCAAUUUUCAAACAUAUCCAAGCUAUUACGAUGAAAGAGAUUGUGGAUGCUUCCUUUAUGCCAGUGACACAUUAAGCUACUUUGUUGGAAGUAGUGUUGGCUGGUGUUAUUUUGGUGCUUUUGGGCUGAUUCUACCUCUAACGUUCUUCUUCAUGCUCGGCUGUUUUCACGUUUUUAGAGUUUGUUUUAGAAAUGAAGGAAGACCGCGAGAUACAAAGUUUGAACAUUCACAAAGAUCAAAUGAAGUCAUGCACUUGACAAUCGAACAGGAGCUUGGAGAAGGAAAUCCAAUUUCUCCUACAUACUGGAUGCCAACCACUGUCAUCGCUAGUUUAAUGUUUAUCUAUUCCCUCAUUCAUGCCAUCAUAUUGACUGAUGGUUUCUGGAAAACUUGCAAGCAGUAUAGAAGUAGAAUUGUUAAAUACACAAAUGCUCAGGGUGGGCAAAUGGUUGGCGUUCUACAGCAUCGAUUGACAUGUGGCGCUAUAUUUGAUUUCAUGGAUUAUUUGCACGAAGAUCUCUCAUAUGAACGUCGUCGGGAUUAUCGAAUUAAUAGCGCUAUUCCUUAUUAUAUCUCAUUGUUUGGAGCUUGGAUUGCAUGUAUAUGCUUGGUGGGAAUUAUAAUUAUAAACAUUCGACGAUAUGUUGACACCAAACGGAUUCGAAUUUAAUA